CCUCCUCUCCGCUAGUGGGCGACUUACUAAACUCCCCUUUUAAGUGUUCGCUGAACUCUCGCGAUAUUACCGCGUCUGUCCUGCUGUCUUCCUUUUCCGGGAGUCUCUCAAGAUGGCGGACGCCGAGCAGAAGAAGAAGCGCACCUUCAGGAAGUUCACCUACAGAGGUGUGGAUCUGGACCAGCUGCUGGACAUGUCCUAUGAGCAGCUGAUGCAGCUGUACUGCGCCAGACAGAGGAGGAGGCUGAACCGCGGCCUCAGGAGGAAGCAGCAGUCUCUCCUCAAGCGCCUCCGCAAGGCCAAGAAGGAGGCGCCUCCUAUGGAGAAACCAGAGGUGGUGAAGACUCACCUGAGAGACAUGGUCAUCCUGCCGGAGAUGGUUGGAUCCAUGGUCGGCGUGUACAACGGCAAGACCUUCAAUCAGGUUGAAAUCAAGGUAGGCAUGAAGCAUAUCGUUAAAACGUGUCAAAAAUAAUCAAGUUAUAAAAAG